AUGGGAGGUGUGGAUUUCUGGGAUCAUCCCUACUACAAAAUUGUGAAGACAUUGACCACUGUCGUAGGCAUAUGGCCCUGUCAAUCAAUGAAGGAGAUCAUCAUGUGUCGUUUUGGACUAUUUGUCAUUAUGGUCGUUCAAGUUGGGCCACAGAUAAUGGCUUUUUGGAAAUAUCGAAAUGACAUGGAGAUUAUUUUGGAUACCAUCACACCUUUCAUCAUAGAUGUACUACUUACCGUGAAAUUGGUAAAUGUUUGCUGCCACUUCAAAAAAUUGAGUUAUCUCUUGGAACAAAUCAGAGAACACUGGACUAUUUUUUCUCGGAAUAAUGGACUUUAUAUGCUUCAUUAUCACAGCAAUUUUGGAAGAAUACUUUCGAUGGUGUAUCUAGCGGGAGUAUACUUCGGUGGAGUAAGUUACUCAACUGAACCGGUGCAGCGCAUGAUGCUCUAUCGUCUCCUGAACUCCAACAUUACGGUACCGAAGAGAUUCUCGAUGUCAAUGGAUUUUGGUCCGAUUAAUCUGGACAUCUGGUAUUAUCCACUCUUGUUGGGUUCUGGAUUUUGCAUUUUUGUGAUUUUGACGGUCAUCGGUUCCUGUGAUUUACUACUAUUCAUGUAUGCGGAGCAUGCUUGCGGAUUGCUCAAUGGAUUGGGUUAUGCAAUUGAACAUCUGCCGCCUUACGAUGCGGCUGAGAAGUUUGAUUACAGUUUCGUGUACAUGCGGAGGUGUGCGGUAAUCCACCGUCGCGCAAUAGAUUUCGCAGAACACGUCAGAGAUAUUUUCCUUUGGUCAUUCUUCGGUGUUAUAGGAUUAAAUAUGAUGGUGAUAAGUAUAACUGCAGUGCAGGUGGUGAUUAAUCUGAAAGCUGUGGAGAAAGUCCUCAAAUACACGGUAUUUGUAUUCAUGCAAAUGGUGCAUCUAUUCGUUGAAUGUUUGGCAGCUCAACGAGUGAUGGACGCCAGUUUGAACCUCAAAGAGAGUCUGACAAAUGCCAAAUGGUAUACUGCUUCAAAGAAAACGCAAAGACUGAUCCCUCUGAUGCUCAUAAGAAGCCAAACUCCAGUUGUUUUAACUGCUGGGAAAAUUAUUGUUAUGAAUAUGGACACAUAUGCUCUGGUUCUGAAGACUGCAGCAUCAUAUUUCACGGUGUUUUUGCCUAUGCAAUGA